AUGGAUAAAGAAGGUAAUUUGGUGGCCAAUAAGUCUGAUGUUCUUGAAGAAAGGAGAAAUUACUUCUAUAAUCUUCUCAACUCAAGAGAAGAAGAUAAAGUUGAUGGUACUGUAAAUGCUGGCACAUUACUUCCAGGAGAAAUACUUCUACCAUCCCAUUCACCUCUUUACAUCGGGGGCUUACCGGAUCUUUCUAAGGUAGCCGUGGAAGCAGUACCAAAACCGCCUGUGCCCUUUUCGGGGUGCGUGAGGCGUGUAUGGAUCAAUUGGCGCACAGUUCCCCUGGACAAGCAUCACGUUUUGUCCGCCCGAAACGUCCACGAUUGUGACGGAACUGCUUGCGGAGGAGAUAAUUAUAUGGGGGAGAGGUGUGAAAAGCAGGCCUCGUGUCAAGAAGUGGGAUGUGAGCACAAUGGAAGAUGCCUGAAAGACGGCAAAAGUUUUAAAUGUCACUGCCCAGCUGGAUGGACGGGUCCAUUUUGCAACAUAGAAGUUCCUCUGGGUAUGCCGCAUUUUGGAGGUGAUGGAUACCUAGUUGUGGACACUAAGCACGGUGUUGCCAAACGCGGCGGGAUCUCUAUGACAGAACCAGCUAUUACUUAUAUAUAUUUUAACUUCUCCUCAUCACAGAAUGAUGGCAUGUUACUAUGGUCCUCGAAGGAAGAUAAUUUUAUUGGUUUUGGAUUGGAGAAUGGAUUACUAAAAGCAGUUUGGGGUUUAACAGCUGAGGAAAGUAAAUCUGUUCUACUUCCAGGAACUCUUAUUUCGGACGGUGCAUGGCAUGCAUUGACAACAUCCAUUAAUGACGGGAAAAUUAACUUCUCUACUGACGGUGGGUUUCCUGAUGAUAAGAAGGUGUAUGCAGAAACAUACGGAUACUUCCAAUCUUCGUUCAAUGGCUGUGUAAAGGAAUUCGCAUGGAAUAGACAAUUUAGUGUGGUCGAUUUUUCAAAAUAUAGUGGAUCAAACCUUGGAAGUUGUGAUCUGUUUACUUCAAGAACUGGUGUAGGGAUCAACGUUUAGUUAAUUGAAGGAGGAAUAAUUUUCAAAUUUCAAUGGUGAAUUUGAUUAUUUAUAAGAAUGUUUAAUUUAAUUUGUCUCUCAGUUACUCUGUUAAACACACACACACAAAAAAGGAGGCCAUCAUGGCUGAUUGCUAAGGCGUCAUAAACUUAGUAAGAUCGAGUCUAGCGGCACCGCACAAUGAGAAGUGCAUAUAGAUUCCUUGGACAUCGGUUUUAACCUACUCGGAAAUUUUAGUGGAACCCUAAAAUUUGGGCAAUUAAGGUGUUUGCUGAAGUAGAAUUUGAAUUGAAAUAUUUUAGUCGACAAAAUAAAAAUGCAAUAAUUUAUUAAUUUUUUUUUUUAUCACGAAUAUUUAAAGGAGUUUCAUGUAAUAUGUCUCCAAAUUCACUUUCUGAACAAACUCCUCGCUUCCUGUGACAUCUUUACUUUUCACCAAACUGUUAAGGUCCCACACUUGGAUUUGAUGAGAUUGGAAUCGAUUAAUAAACUUGUUAAGUAUGUCUGUUAUUUUCGAUUUGAGGAUAUUUAUAUCUAAUGUAACUACUUAUGUUCAACCUGCAAACUGAUAACAUCUAUUCAAUUUUGUCUUUGACAAUUAAAAGUGAAAUAUAUUUAUUAAAUAAUUAGCAAUAUUUUGAAACAUGGUUUGUUUUCAUGUUCAUUUAUUUAAAAGAAAUUUCUUAAAAUAAAAUAUGUAUUUG